CCUUCAUUUCCGGGAAAAUUUCACAUUAAGCCUUUGUGGCCAUAUUUCCAUGGAUGUUCAUUGGGACUUUCUUUAAGAGCCUGCUGUUUGAGCCAUGAAUCGUCUGAGAUAACCAAUGGGAACUCGAGCGGAAAAGGUUUAUGUUGCAGUAGGAAACGAUAUACGUGAUGGAUAUAAGACGUUGGCUUGGACUCUAAGAAAAUGGAGUUCUCAAUCAUUCUCCAUAGUCAUCCUUCAUGUUACUUGCAACAUUUCCAAGGACUUUGUUUACACCCCGUUCGGGAAGCUUCCGGAGACCGCCGUGAGUGAAGAGAAGCUGGAAAUGUUGAGGAGGUAUGAGCAAGAGAAGACAGACAAGCUACUUUCCAAGUAUAUAGCUUUCUGUGGCAAGGUAAAAGCUGAGAUAUUAAAAGUUGAGAAAUAUGAUGAACCUAUCCACCAGCUCAUAGUAGAUUUGAUGUCAGGACUCGAAAUCGGCAAACUUGUCAUGGGAAUGACAUUCAUGAAAUCCUCAUCCUGGAGAUCAAAGAGUGCAAUAAGUGGAGCAUUCUAUGUUCAUCAAUACAAGCCUGGUUUUUGUGAGCUAUACGUUAUAUGUGGAGGGAAAUUGGUGGUCCUCAACGAAAACAUUGAUGAAGGGCACAUGGAGGAUGAUCGAGAAACAAUGGUAGCAAAAAUAAGAGAAAGACCAAGCAUUAGAAACUUGCUGGGAAGAAUUUUCAGCGAUGGUUCCCCUCUGAUCAGACGUCAAAAAUGUCCAUGCCCUCCAUCGACUAACCAGGAUUCAUCCAAGAAUCGGUGGGAAAAUAAUGUGCAGGAGCUUGAAAAUUAUUUCCAGCAUUUGUUGUCUUUGAAUUUGGAUGAGGAUAGUGAUGAUCUGUUUCAAACAAAUCCAACGGAGUCAACCCACCAGAACACAAGUUCCAACAUGAAUGAUGCAGAGGACAUGGAAGCUGUGCAAUGUAAGAUAGAUGAAGCUCAUGAGAUUGUUCAUUUGAAGAAGAAAGAAGCAAAGGCUGAUGUUGAAAGAAAAGCAAAAGCUAAAUGGGCUACUAUUUUAUGCAAUAACAGGGCUGAGGAACUGGAAACUCUGAUAAGAGAAGAGAUCACUCAGCGGUUAGAGAUAAAGAGCAUGUUGGACACUCGAAAAGAGAAACUUUAUGAAGUAACAAGUGAUGUUGAAGAGAGCAAGCAUAGGCUUAAUUCACUGAAGGAACUCCAAGCUGAACUAUCAAUUAAACUCCAAAUAUCAAACAAGGCAAGAGCAACUGCUGAGGCUCAGUUAGAGAAGACAGUUACAAGAGCCGAGAUGGUAAGAGAAAUCGAGGAACUGAAGCGACAAAGGGAUGUUUUUAGACGUAGAAUAGAGUUUUGUAGAGAAAAAGAUGCACUUGGAAUGGUUACAAGAUCGAGUGAGCUAAGGUGUAUCUUUAAAGAAUACACAGCUGAUGAUAUCAGAUUGGCGACCGAUAACUUCUCGGAGCAUUUACGAUUAAAGUCAUGUGGGGAUUGGUUGAAUGUUUAUCGAGGGCGAAUCAAUCAUUCAACAGUUGCUAUCAAGAUGUUAAGCUCUGUUAAUGGAACAUCUCAAGAAGAUUUUCAAGCUAAGGUGAGGCUUCUUACUGACAUUCGACAUCCGCAUUUGGUUGCUCUGAUGGGAUUCUGCUCGGAGUUGACAUGCAUGAUCUACGAAUACAUGCAUAAUGGUAGCUUGAGAGACAUUUUAUUUACCCCCCAAAGAAACUGUAGGAAGACAAACAAAAACCGGGUCCUUGGGUGGUACGAUCGGAUCCGAAUAGCUCGUGAGGUUUGCAUGGGGUUGGUCUUCCUACACUUGGCUAAGCCGAGACCCAUAGUUCACGGUCAACUAACGACAUCCAACAUCCUCCUGGACCGAAAUCUUGUUGCAAAGCUUAGUGGCUAUGGCUUGAGACAACACCAUGAUUUUUAUGAUCUUAGUUUUGAUAUCCGGGCUUUUGGGGUCCUAUUGAUGCAAAUGUUAACCGGUAGGAACUGGGCAGGGUUGAUUGAAGAUGCUGUGGGACCGGCUGCUCUCGCUCAGGUUCUGGAUGAGAAAGCAGGGAAUUGGCCUUUAGAAUUGGCAGUAGAACUUGCAGGAAUAUCCAUGAAAUGUAUAUCGGUGAGCCGUGGGGUGAACCCGAAUUUGCAGAUUGCGAGCGUGGUGGAAGAGCUCGAUGAGUUGAAAAAAAAGGCUGAAGAUUUGGUGGCUAGAGGAGGAUUUGAAGUAGUGAGCAAUGAGAAUGUAAACAUGGAAGAUGCAAACGAUGUACCGAGUGUUUUCCUCUGCCCCAUAUUCAAGGAAGUGAUGAAAAAUCCACAUGUAGCAGCUGAUGGUUUUUCAUAUGAAUUGGAAGCCAUAGAAGAAUGGCUGAAGUUGGGGCAUGAUACUUCUCCCAUGACAAAUUUGAGUCUUGAGCACAAAUUCUUGACCCCAAAUCGCACCCUUCGUGGCCUCAUCCUUGAAUGGCAGAAUCAAGGAUCAAAUUUGUCUUGUUGAAUUAAAGACAUUUCCUUAUGAAGAUUGUCCUAACGUUUUUUC